GCCUGAUACAAUCAGCUACACCAAUUUAUUUUAGCAUUUCCCUUUAGUUUACUCAUUUGACAGGGUUUGGAACUAGAAAAAGUAAAAUACAUGAAUGAUAAUGUAGUCUAAGGAUUUCACGUCAUAAUUCAUGUAUCCAGUCCCCAGUCAGUUACUGUGCCUAAACGGGGAUUCGAGCCCUGGAUUGCAGGGGUAAAACAAUCAAAUUGGGGGGGUAUUCCUUUAAAUACCAAUCUCUGAAGAGCAGAGAUCAAAAGCCACAGUAGCCUAUCAGUCUGGAAAUAAAGGCGUCAGGCAGUCCUGUUAUAUAAAUAUACUCCUAGCACGAUUAUAAUCGGCUGACUGAAUCACUGUUUGACAUAAUUUAUUUGAUCACUGUGUUCAAUUAGAUAGGUCCUUAAAUAUUUAAGUAAUUCAAAUUGUUUACCAAAGAAAUGGUGAUGGAGAAGCCAAGUCCCCUGCUUGUAGGGCGGGAGUUUGUGAGGCAGUACUAUACACUUCUGAAUAAGGCACCAGAUUUUCUCCACAGGUUCUAUGGAAGACACUCAUCGUAUGUGCAUGGAGGUCUGGACUCCAAUGGAAAGUUGGCAGAGGCGGUGUAUGGCCAGGCUGAAAUUCACAAGAAAGUCAUGUCGCUACAGUUUAGUGAAUGCCACACAAAAAUAAGGCUUGUUGAUGCCCAUGCCACCCUGAAUGAUGGGGUCGUUGUCCAGGUGUUGGGGGAGCUGUCAAACAAUGGGCAGCCCAUGAGGAAGUUCAUGCAGACCUUUGUCCUUGCUCCAGAGGGUUCUGUGGCUAAUAAAUUCUAUGUACACAAUGACAUCUUCCGCUAUGAAGAUGAAGUUUUUGGAGAUUCUGAGGCUGAACUUGAUGAAGAAUCAGAAGAGGAAAUGGAGGAGGAGACUGAAGAGAGGCAACCCUCUCCUGAACCUGUUCCGGAGAAUUCCAAUGGCACCAACUACUAUGAGCCACAUCCUGUGAGUAAUGGUGUUGAGGAACCGCUUGAGGAACCAGCCCCUGAACCAGAACCAGAGCUAGAACCUGAGCCAAAGGCCAAGGCCCUCAAGGUGGAGAUAGAGGAGAAGGUUGUGGAGGAGAAGGAAGAGAAGGUACCCUCACCUGUGCCUGAGGAGGCGCCAUCCAACACCCAGGAAGCACCCAAGACUUUUUCCUGGGCCUCGGUGACCAGUAAAAACCUUCCUCCAAGUGGCACUGGUGUGACGCCCCAUGUUCUCAAAGCACCAAGCUCACAGCCCCGAGGGGACAUUAAGACUGAGGCUCAGGCUCCGCCAAUGCGGCCCCGGGACCAGCGGACUCGUGACAGACCAACCUUCACUUCAAGAGGACCCAGGCCUGAUGGUGUUGCCCCGGUGGAAUCCCAGGUCGGAAAACCACAUUUAAGCUUCAUCAACAAAGGGAGGGGAGAGCCAGAGCAGAGUGACACAGAGGGCAGACGGAUGGUGAGGUACCCAGACAGUCAUCAGCUCUUCGUGGGCAACCUCCCUCAUGACAUUGAUGAGAACGAACUAAAGGACUUCUUCAUGUCAUUCGGCACUGUUGUUGAGCUCCGGAUUAACACCAAGGGCGUCGGCGGAAAGCUGCCGAACUUUGGUUUUGUCGUCUUUGAUGACUCUGAUCCCGUGCAGAGAAUCCUUACAGCUAAGCCCAUCAUGUUCCGUGGCGAGGUGCGUCUGAACGUGGAGGAGAAGAAAACGAGGGCUGUGCGGGAGCGCGAAACCCGUGGCAGCGGACUGGACGACCGCAGAGACCUGCGACGCAGCGACCGCGGCCCUGGAGGCCCCCGCGGCGUGUCCGGUGCAGGGAUGAUGAGGGAGCGCGAUGGUAGGGGCCCACCCCCCAGAGGGGGCAUGGCCCCUAAAGCAGGUCAGGGCUCCGGCAGAGGGGCCGGCCCACAGGGUGAGGGCCGCUUCAGCACCCAGCGUCGCUGAGCCUGCAACGCCCCUGCAGUUUGGAAGUAGUACCAUGUUCAUCUUUACCGUUCGCGUUAACGAAAGAAAAAGAUCUACAUGUAUACAAGUAUAUACUUUUUUUUUUUUCUUUUUUUUUUAUUAUGUUUUUUUUUUUUUUUUCAAGUUGGAAUGUGACGCAGCCUGCCAACCAUUUAUUUUGGUUUGAAACAGACAAACAAAAUCCUUUGCUACUAGCUUUUGAGCAGAGCAUCCUUUUCUGGUUUCUCCAGAUUUCACGAACUUCAAUUUGUAAAUGUGACUAAAUACAAACCAACAAGGAAUUAUCUGCAGAGUUUGGCGGAACUGGUAGACUUUGGUUUUGAUAGUUUAGCCCAUUUGGCAAAGAGAUUACAUGCCUCAAAUUUAUUGAGGAGAUACUUUGAGAAAGCCCUCCAUUGCACAUUUUUUCUAUGAUCGGUUUCUUCUCAUUACCAUUUAAUAAGUGUUGGGUACACAUUUUGUGCAGUUGGCAAACUUGCCUUUUAUUUCUUAAAUUCUUUUUUACUUUUCUUUUAAUAAAUACUGCUUCAGCAGCAUAAAAAUGCACUCAUUCAUAUGCACUAAUGGGUACUUUGACAUAUUGACACCAUAAUAUGCAGCUUGAUGGACACCCUGACUUGAUGUCUUUAAGCUAACCUAUUGAACUGGGCAGGAUUCCCUUACUGCCUGUGUGUGCUGUGACCAAUAUUUCUCAUACCUGUUUAAGGUUUCUGUUAUUGCUGGAAAGUAACAAAGUUCUUUUUUUAUUAUUAUUUCAAGAAAGCUGCACCCUGGACUCAAAGCCUAAAGGGAAAAAAAACAAACCUUAUGUGCACACAGCAACAAUGUACAUGAACAAUAGGAGGGUGUGACAUUGAAAGUGGCAGUUUGUUUGUUUUCUUUAUCACUGAAAGAUUUGUUUUUAUUUUAUCAUUGUUAAUGUUUUUUUAACCCUACUCUAUAGUGAAGGAUGGCUAGAGGGAUGUCUGGAUCAGCACUGACUCCAUAUGAGAUGCCAUAUGAAAUGUAUGGUUAAAAACUGAAAAAAAGAUACUUUAAUGAACAGUCCUGUUUCAGCAGGAAUUUCUUCUUACCUUGACUUAAUACAAGCAUGAUGGUGCCUUCUCUUGCAUCCCUUCAGUCUUACUGAUGAGCUGUGGCUGGGUGGGUUUCUCAGCAAAGUGCAACAGCCAUUACAAUGUCUAAUACAGGGCAACGGGGCAGUAUUCUACACCACUUCGCUGGUGCAUAUUUCUCUGGCUCAAAUUGUAUUUUUUUUGGACAGCUUUUGAGUUCCAAAUAUAUGACCUGCUGUAAGUUUUGUAUGUUUAUUUUUUUAUAUUGGCUAUAAGAGAACAAAAAAAUUGUGCCUAAAUUAUGAUUGAAAAGUCAAAAGUGGUUGUGACGGCAGAUGUGAAGCAGUUGACCAAAGUUGCUUCCAUAAGCGAAUAAACAACAAUUCCAGGGGAACUACAGUGAGAUCUACUGCAACAAAUGCAUAUACGCUGACAAUUUGGACACUAAAAAAGAAAACGGAAACACUUUUUUUUGGAUGGACUACAACUUUCCUGUUGCAAACUUUUGAACUCGGAACUGAAUGGAUACAAAGACAAAAAAAUGGAUUAUUGAUGUCUCAUCUCGCUCUGAGGUGUAGCUUUGGAGAUUGAGGUUUGACAUUUUAUAACAGUUUUCACAUGCCAUAAAUCUUAACCCACCUCAGACCAGCGUGGAUAAGACCAAGACAGGAGCACAUUAGGCUAGGCUUUCAGAUGUUUACUUUGAGAUGAGCAGCUCCCACUUUGUACUGACCUCCCCUGCCCUUGCAGAGCACCCAAGAGACUCUGUGUUGCCAUCAGCCAUCCUCUUUGCAUGCUGUGUGCUCUGACCCAUCUCCACUGGGGAGGCUGUGGUAUUUAAGCCUGUCCUUCUCUGCCAGUAAAUAUGAGUGGGAGUGGAAGGGCCUCAAGAAGCAGCUCGAACAGGAUAUGUAUGAAACAGUGAAAGAUUUCCAGUUGUCAUUAAGCUAUUAUAUUUUAUUUUUGCACUGAUUUGGGAAAUACUAUUUGAUGUAGCACCUUUUUUUUUUUUUUACAAAAAUGGACUUAACAGUCUUCCUUGCGAGGUAGUCUUGCACUAUUUCCAAUGGUUUUGGGACAAUCGCUGUCAGUGUAACUGCAUUGUUCUUACUUUUUAUGCAGAUUGAUUGGGAAGAGGAGUGGUGGCUCUCUUGAGCUGUCCAUAUCAAGUGUUAAUUAAUUUUGUAAAAUACAUGACCAAAAAGCACUCUAUGAAGAGGUUUUGCAAUGUGGACUUAAGCUACUGUUCUCUGUAGAAGAUUUUCUCACAGUGCAUUAGUGUGUCUGACCUGGAGUGGUCAUUUGCAUGGCGGCUAUUGGAGUUGGCAUUUUGACCUGGCUCUGUAACUGGCACGCCCUGUGUUUGGGAUGGAUCCACCUCAACCCUUAUCAAUAACUCUUUAUUAAGGUGUUGCAUACAUGGUUAAUUUUUUUAAAUUACAUUUAAGGAUUGAAAGGAGUCCUUAUUAGAACAGAAUAUCUUUGUCUACAGUUAAACUUGUGAAUACCCGAAUUUGAAUGCUCAGAGCAUUGUCUUCGGAGAAGUUUACACAGACAGACUGCGUUACUCUUACCACAGUAACUUCAGUGACCCUAAUCCACCCAAAUUCAAAGCACCCCCCAAAGCAAAGGCUGUAAAUUUGAUCCACUGUUAAAGGUGCAGUGGAGAGAAUUUUUGUGUCAUCAUUCCAGUUCUGUGUGUUCCAUAGAGUAGAAUCAUCCUCUUGGCUUUAGCAGGUGUGGUAAGCAGUGGAUUGCCUUUACUGUUUUUUGUUUUUGCCUUUAUUGUUUUUUUUUGUUUUUUUUUUUUUUUUGUAAGUAGAAAAUGUGUUGCAGGUGGAGCAAUUUUAUUUGGUUUGUUUCUAGUUUUCCAUUUUGAAUGUGUUAAACUUAACAUACAAUAAAACUACUGAUAUCUGCA